AAUGGAAAGAAAACUAAGCUGCUAAUAACCUAAUUUGAAUGUUAAUGUUGCUGAAUAUUGCAUCCAAGUAUACGUCAAACGAAAUAUUGUAAAAUUGUUCUAUUUAUUGCAACAUAAGCUCGAACAUGGACGGUGAGGAAAGUGUUAGCAAAAGAGCUAGGGGUCGAGGACGGGGUGCCUCUAGGGCUCGUGGACGAGGUCGUGGUAGAGGCCGUGGCAGAGGAAAAAAAGCCGUUGUUGUUGUAACCAGUGAUGAGGAAAUUUCAUUGGAUCAGUCAAUUGAUGCCGGUCCAGGUAAUGUCAUGGAAGAUGGUGAUAUCUCAACUGGUAGUGGAAACAUAACGCUAGAAGCCACAGAAGAUGUAGUCAUGAACGACUUGCAAAAGAAUGAGACAGAAGGUACCGCGUCUUCAACAAUGCAAGAUGUCAAUCCAGUUCUUGUUCCUGCUACACCAAUUGAUACACAAACUCAGCCAGGCAAUAACAUGGUGCCCCAAACAAUCGACAUGGAGGCGGAUAUAUCACAGUUGGAAGCUCCAACUUUCACCACAAUCAGUAGGGGACCUCCAGAACCAAUGCUGCGUUUGAAAUGGAAUCAUAAAGUCAAUCUAAUUGGUGAAAAGGUUUUAAAUCCCAUGAUACACAUUUGUGACCAAUGCGAUAAGCCCAUUCUGCAUUAUGGUCGCAUGAUACCUUGUAAGCAUGUAUUUUGCCUUAAAUGUGCACGAACGGAGCCAGUUAAAGUAUGUCCCCGGUGUAACGAUAAAGUUGUACGCGUUGAGCAAUCAGGUCUGGGUACUGUAUUUAUGUGUACCCACAGCGGCAGUAGGUAUGGCAAUACUGGAUGCAGGAGGACCUAUUUGUCUCAAAGAGAUUUGCAAGCACACAUCAACCACCGGCAUAUAUCGCAACCGCCACCCCCACCACCAGCACCGGUACCUCCCCCAGAGAACAAACUUGAGCUAGGUCCACAACGAAAAUUGUCCGAAUCGUCUUCGAGCUUGACCACCAUUCAACCACCUCGAACAUCAAUACGCUCAAGCAGCAGUAUUGGCACCAUUAAUCCCCCUGGCACCGUCCCACCCAGUAAUGUUCAUUCCUCACUCACACAAGCCAACUUGGCCAGAAUUAAUAAUGCAAACGCUCAAGAAUGUCAUCAAGGCAAGGUGGCCAUUCACCAAUCCCUUAAGAAAGCCCCUCCCACACCGGGCCAUCAUCAGCCAACAGAGUCCGUUGCCGAUGCUUCGUACUACAGUAAUGUAUUAAACUCCUUCGGUAGUUCUAGCUCAGGAAAUGUUGUACCUCCAUCUGGCAGCAAUCCUGCAUACGAGUCCUCGUCUGUUGGGCAAACGAAUUCAUCCGCUUGGCAGCAGCAACAGUACUAUAGGUGAGACUGGAGCAAGGGCAUAAGGCCAAUUGUACGGCCUUAACCGCGUUUCCGACAAAUUAAUUCAUAAACUAAAAUUUUGCAAAAGAACAAUUUUGUUUAAAAUUUCCCACAGGUUUAAAUUAACAAAAAUCAAAUUAAAUGCUAAAUAUAAAUUAGAAAUAAAAACAUCUUAUCUAAAAUUGGGGCUUUACAUA